UUGUUUCGGAUCAGUUGGAGUUAAAUUUUGAUUUGUUUGAGUUUAAUUUGAUCGGAAUUAAUGGCGACACUUCAAAAAUUUAAGUUGUUAGCGACACAAUGUGCUGUUGCCGGAAGUCCUACACGGAGUCCAUCUACAAGUCCGGUCAUUCACCUACGACGACGGAAGACGUUACGGAUGUUGCUCAGUCGUGGCGGUGGCGGUGGCCGGCGAAUGCCUCCUCGUGAUGAGUUUCUAGAUCGGAGAUCUAGUGAUGUCGAUUCGUCUGAAAGUAGGAAAAACGGUAGUGUGAGGCGGAAGCUAAAGGACUUGCUUGUGUCGUCACCGUCACCGCCUCCGCCUCGGUUGCUUGAAGAGAACGACUGUGACGGUGGCGAAGAAAGUAAUAGGUGGAGUCCUGGCGGUGGUUUGAUUAUCCGGCGCGGUGGUUUCAGAGGACUGAGGCCUUUGUCAGGUACGUUACGGCAACGGUUACUCAGACGAGCAUGGAGACCGGUACUUGUUUCGAUUCCCGAGUAAAUCAUUAUCUAAUUUUCUGGGAAAUUGUAGAGAUAAUUUUCAGAAAUAAUAAUGAUUUGUUGAAUUCAGUACCAAAUUUUGGUAUCCACUCCUCUCUAGGGUUUGUUUUUCCUCUUUUGUUCGAUUUUCCUAUUUAUCAAAUUGAAUGCUACUUGAAAUUUCCUAUGAAGAUGUUGGAUUGUAUUAGCACUAAAUU